AUGCUGAAGCCAGCGAAUGUUCCCGAUCUUAACAAAACCGACUUGCUGGAAUAUUACCGGCAAAUGAAACUCAUUCGAGAGUUCGAGCGUGAGUCGGAAAGGCAGUACACUCGAGGCAACAUCAAGGGUUUCCUCCACGUCUACAACGGCGAGGAAGCCAUCGCGGUGGGCGCCAUCAAUUCGCUGCGUUCCGAUGACUACGUGGUUACUCAUUACCGAGAUCACGGUCAGGCGCUGGUGCGCGGCAUCUCCAGCAAUGAGGUGAUGGCCGAGUUGAUGGGGAAAGCCACCGGUUGCAGUAAGGGCAAGGGUGGCUCCAUGCACAUGUUCAGCUCCGAACUGAACUUCAUGGGUGGAUACGCCAUCGUCGGCGGGCAGUUGACCAUUGCCGCCGGAAUCGGCAUGGCCAUUCAGUAUCGCGGCGACGAUCAGGUGGUGUUGUGUUUCUUCGGCGACGGCGCCGUCAACGAAGGGGAAUUUCACGAAGCCAUGAACCUGGCCGCCAUUUGGAAACUGCCCGUGGUUUUCUUCUGCGAGCACAAUCUCUACGGCAUGGGCGCGUCGUCCAAAGAAACCCUGGUGAUGUGGGACUCGCUGCACGAGAUGGCCGCCGCAUACGGCAUGGACCGUUAUGAGGUUGAUGGUAACGAUGUGUUGGCCGUAAGCGGCCUGAUGCAAAAAGUGAACGUUGAUGUGAGGGCCGGCGCCGGUCCCGCUUUCAUUGUGGCCAAAACCUACCGCCUGCGCGGUCACUCCGUCGCCGACCCGGCGGACUAUCGCCCCGAUGAAGAGGUCAAAUACUGGGCCUCGCAGGACCCCAUCCCAAGGUUUCGGGAAUGGCUAGCCGAAGAAGGCAUAGCCACCGUCGAGGAUUUCGAAGAAAUCGACGCCAGCGUUGAAGAAGAGGUGGUCAAGGCCGCCGAGUUCGCCGAAUCCUCACCCUGGCCCGAGCCGGGCGCACUGUAUGAAGGUGUUUAUUCUGACCGACCUGCCGAAGGUAUCCCAGCGUAA